UUAAAAUACAGUAAUUGGAAACUCUUAAACCUGAAAAGUUAGCUUUUAGGGUUUCCUCUUUUUGUCUUGUCUUUAUAACAGCACUCUACAUCUAUAACAGUCUCAAUUCUGAAAUAUUAUGACUCCAAUUUAACAACAACAAAGGAUAUUGUUUGUAAAAAUCUAAGAACUCAAUGGAUUUUAUUGCAAAUCCUUUUAGAUGGUUGGUUUGCCUGCCAGAGGCAAAACCUAUAUCUCACAAAAAGUGUGCCGAUAUCUUACCUGGUUGGGAAUCAAGACCAAGGUCUUUAAUGUAGGUAAUUAUCGUCGACAACUUCACGGUGCCAGUCUACCGCAUACUUUUUUCGAUCCCCACAAUACUGUCGGUGAGGAACAACGAAGAGAAGCAGCGGCCGCUGCGUUAAAGGACAUGAUUCAAUGGUUCGAUAGUGAACAGGGCAUAGUAGCUAUUUAUGAUGCUACCAACAGCACAAAAGCAAGGCGCAGAUGGUUAGUCCAGCAGUUGAAAAAAGAAGACAUACAUAUUCUAUUCAUCGAAUCAAUAUGCCAAGAUGAAGAAUUGAUUUUGGCCAAUAUUAGGGACGUCAAAUUAUCGUCCCCUGAUUAUGUCAAAAUGGAUCCCGAUGAUGCAGCCAUCGAUUUUAGAGCGCGUAUCGAUCAUUAUAAAGAACAGUAUGAAACAAUAACCGAAGAUGAUCUCACUUAUAUUAAAUUGAUCAAUGUUGGUAGUCAGAACAUCAUAAAUCAUAUUCAGGGCUAUUUGGAAUCAAGAAUUGUUUAUUACCUGAUGAAUCUCCAUAUUGCACCAAGAAAAAUAUACUUCAGUAGACACGGCGAAUCACAAUAUAAUCUUUUAGGCAAAAUCGGUGGUGAUUCCAAUCUGUCAGAGAGAGGAAGACUAUAUGCGAGUAAACUACCAGAACUGAUCAAAACAAAUUUGGAAGAGCAGGAUUUGACAGUUUGGACGUCCACCAUGAAAAGAACGAUUGAAACUGGGGAGCAACUACAUUAUCCAAAAUUACAGUGGAAGGCAUUAGAUGAGUUAGAUGCCGGUGUAUGUGACGGCAUGACCUAUGAGGAAAUAGAGCAAAAAUAUCCUGAGGAUUAUGCAAACCGCGAUGAAGACAAAUUUAAUUAUAGGUAUAGAGGCGGUGAAUCUUAUGCUGAUAUUGUACUUAGAUUAGAGCCUGUAAUAAUGGAAUUGGAAAGACAUAAAAACAUUCUAAUUAUCGGCCACCAAGCUAUCUUGCGAUGUAUCUAUGCUUAUUUCAUGAACUACAGUCACGAAGACCUUCCUUACAUAAAGAUUCCACUCCAUACUGUCAUUGAAUUGACACCGAAAGCCUAUGGUUGUGAAGAAAAAAGAUUCAAAGUUGAUAUCGAUGCAGUAGAUACGCACAGACCUAAAAUUAAGAAGGCUCCUUCUAUCCGAAAAUUGAAUGCUACCGUUCAACUGCCAGCAGUAGGUGCUAGUGGUGAAAUAGUGAAAGAGCCUAUGAGCCCAAUCAUUCCCAUCAGUCCUAAGCUAUUCCCAAAGCUUAGUGCAAACUCAAGCUCAAAUCAAAAGGUAUUAACUAAGCUAGAUUUGGGAGAAACAAGCUCUUAAAGCAUCACACUGGCGGAUUCCAAAUAGAUAUUCUCGGUUAAAUAUGAGUGAAAAUUUGCAACCGUUUUCUCCUGUGAUAACUGGCAUAUAAAUUAAAGUUCUUUUUUUUUUCUUCCCUUAU